UUUUGCCAUAAAUUUCAACCCUAAUCCCUUACGUUACACUCUUCGUUCUCUCGAAUUCGUAAGGGUCGUGUUUUCCAGCUUCACGAAGGGUCGAUUGGGUACUCAAGCUUUUAUUUUUCUGAUGACAAGCGCUUGGAACAAUAUGAGCUUUGCAAUCAAACAUAGGGAUAUAGAGUGGGAGUGGGAGAAUCGGGGUGGAGUUGUGAUUAUUUUUUUAAAAAUAUUUGGAGAUUCUUGCUCACUCUCAGAAGGUGAAUGCUUGCUAAUAUUCUGGAAAGGAUGAGGAGAUCAAAUUUAUUUUCAAUAUUGUAAUAGCUUUGGAGCAUAUUGGAGCAAAUGAGCAAUGGAGCUUGUGGAGCAUGGCUCAUCUCAUGGAUUGCUCUCUUGCGGGAUUGUAUAACUUCUCCAAUCAGAUAUGAGUAGUCGCUUUUCUCGCACAAUCUAUGUUGGCAACCUGCCUUCGGAUAUCAGAGAGUCAGAAAUUGAAGAUCUAUUUUACAAGUAUGGCCGUAUAAUGGAAAUUGAAUUGAAGGUUCCUCCCCGACCUCCGUGUUAUUGUUUUGUUGAGUUUGACAAUGCUCGAGACGCAGAGGAUGCAAUUCGGGGUCGGGAUGGUUACAACUUUGACGGUUGCCGAUUAAGGGUGGAGCUUGCCCAUGGAGGUAGAGGGCAAUCGUCAAGUGAUCGACGUGGAUAUGGCGGCGGCGGUGGUGGUGGCGGUGGUGGAGGAGGAGGUGCUGGUGGGGGCCGAUUUGGUGUCUCACGUCAUUCUGAAUUUCGAGUUAUUGUUCGCGGGCUCCCAUCUUCUGCAUCCUGGCAAGAUUUGAAGGAUCAUAUGCGAAAAGCUGGUGAUGUUUGUUUUGCUGAAGUUUCCCGUGAUAGUGAAGGGACUUUUGGCCUUGUCGAUUACACUAAUUAUGAUGACAUGAAAUAUGCCAUUCGGAAACUGGAUGACACGGAGUUUAGAAACCCUUGGGCGAGAUCUUAUAUUCGGGUGAGGAAGUACGAGAGCAGUCGUUCAAGGAGUCGCAGCAGAAGCCCCAGCAGGAGCAGAAGUCCGAAAAGGGCUAGAAGUAGAUCUUUGGAGCGAUCUGUCUCUAGGUCGCGAUCUAUUUCCAGAUCCAGAUCCAGAUCAGCAUCACCAAUCAAAUCUUCCAGGCCAAGAUCCCGAUCCCGAUCCCGAUCCCGUUCAGCAUCACCGCGAUCUCCACGCCAGGUUCUAUCAGGCAGCGGUUGAUAUCCUGACAAAUGCAGGUGGAUCUCCAAAGCUUCUCCACCAUUCUGGGCAAUAUUGGAAUUAUGUUUCAAUUAAUUUAAAUUGUUUAGUGGAUAAUUAUUGUACCAGAAUUGUCUUGGUUUGUAUCAGUUUGGUUAUUCUGUGCGGCUUAAACUAGACUUGACUUGCUGCUACCAUUUUGGUCAUGUUUCUUUUAAACAAGAAUGUCGGAUAUUAACCUGGAUCCGUCUGUACUUUUCAACUAGUUACUAUUAAAAUUAUUAGCAUUUUCUGGUA